UAAUUCACUCCUUAAAUGCGUCUGCGUCCGCCGACUGUCGCUGUUGUUUUAUUCCAGUUCGAGGACAGCGAGGACGACUUCGACAGGUUCGACACCGACGACGAGCUGUCGUACCGGCGGGACUCGGUCUACAGCUGCGUCACGCUCCCCUACUUCCACAGCUUCCUCUUCAUCAAAGGCGGCCUGAUCAACACGUGGAAGCGGCGCUGGUGCGUCCUGAAGGACGAGACCUUCCUGUGGUUCCGGGCCAAGCAGGAGGCCCUGAAGCAGGGCUGGCUGCACAAGAAGGGGGGGGGCUCGUCCACGCUGUCGCGCCGCAACUGGAAGCGCCGCUGGUUCGUCCUGCGGCAGAGCAAGCUCACGUACUUCGAGAACGACGGCGAGGAGAAGAUGAAGGGGGUGCUGGACAUGCACGACGCCAAAGAAAUCAUCGACAACACGGGUAAAGAGAACGGAAUCAACAUCGUGAUGCCGGAGAGGACGUACCAGCUGAUCGCAGAGUCCGCCGAGGACGCCAGCCAGUGGUUCAGCGUGCUGAGUCAAGUCCACGGCUCCACGGAGCAGGAGAUCCGAGAGAUGCACCACGAGCAGGCCAACCCGCAGAACGCCGUGGGAACGCUGGAUGUGGGGAUGAUCGAUUCGGUUUGUGCAGCAGACAAUCCAGAGCGGCCCAACUCCUUCGUCAUGAUCACGGCAAACCGCGUGCUGCACUGCAACGCCGACACGCCCGAGGAGAUGCACCACUGGAUCACCCUGCUGCAGCGCUCCAAAGGAGACACGCGCGUGGACGGCCAGGAGUUCAUCAUCCGAGGCUGGUUGCACAAAGAGAUGAGGAACAGCUCGAAGGCCGCGCUGAAGCUGAAGAAGCGCUGGUUCCUGCUCACGCACAACUCCCUGGACUACUACAAGAGCUCGGAGCGCGGCUCGCUGAAGCUGGGGGCGCUGGUGCUCAACAGCCUCUGCUCGGUGGCGCCGCCCGACGAGCGGGUCUUCAAGGACACCGGCUACUGGAGCGUGAUCGUCUACGGCCGCAAGCACUCGUACCGCCUCUGCUGCAAGCUGCUGAACGAGGCCACGCGCUGGGCCACCUCCAUCCAGAACGUCAUCGACACCAAGGCGCCCGUGGACACGCCCACCCAGCAGCUGGUCCGCGACAUCAAGGAGAACUGUUUGAACUCGGAGGUGGUGGAGCAGAUCUACAAGAGGAACCCCAUCCUUCGCCACAGCCACCACCCGCUGCACUCGCCGCUGCUGCCGCUGCCCUACGGAGACAUCCACCUGAGCACGCUGAGGAACAGCAGCUCCACCACGCUGCAGGAGGAAGGCCUCAAGGUGUUCAGCUCCCUGCAGCACCUGGAGGGCGUGGCCGACCCGGUUCCCGUCAUCCAGGGCAUCCUGCAGACCGGCCAGGAGCUCAAGCCGCUGCGGGACGAGCUCUACUGCCAGCUGAUCAAGCAGACGGUGCGGCCGCCGCAGCCCGGCAGCCCCGGGAACCUCUGCAGCUGGAAGAUCCUGGUCUGCAUGUCCUGCACCUUCCUCCCGUCCAGGAGCAUCCUCAGAUACCUCAAGUUCCACCUGAAGAGGACCCGGGAGCUGCUGCCCGGCACGGAGAUGGACCGCUACGCCGCCUUCGCCUUGGACUCCCUGAAGAAGACCCGAGCCAGGGAGAACGUCCCGUCGCAGGAGGAGAUCCGCUCCAUCGUGUCCCGGCAGGACAUGAGCACCACGGUUCACUGCCACGGAGGAGGCUCCUGCAAGAUCACCAUUGACUCCCACACAACAGCUGGAGAGGUGGUGGAGAAGCUGAUCCGAGGUCUGGCCAUGGAGGACAGCAGGAACAUGUUCGCUCUGUUCGAACACAACGCCACCACAGAGAAGGCCAUCGAGAGCCGCUCGGUGGUCGCCGACGUGCUCGCCAAGUUUGAAAAACUGUCAGCCAGCCCCGACGAACGCAACACGGGAUGGAAGUUCUACUUCAAACUCUACUGCUUCUUGGACACGGAAAACGUCCCCAAAGACAGCGUGGAGUUUGCCUUCAUGUUUGAGCAGGCCCACGAAGCCGUCAUCGGCGGUCAGUAUCCGGGCCCCGAGGAGACCCUCCAGUUCCUGGCCGCCCUGAGGCUGCAGUACCUGCAGGGCGACCACGGCUCGCCGGCCGGCGUCCCCGACAUGUCCCUGGUGUUCCCCAUGGCGCGGUUGCGGGCCCGGGUGCAGAACUCGGCCAAGACGUUCGCCCCCGGCUCCGGCUCGGGGGCCGAGCGGCCGGGCGCCUCGGAGAGGAAGCGCUCCAGCUUCCUGGAGGGGACGCUGAGGCGGAGCUUCAGGAGCGGCUCGCUGAGUCGGCAGAAGCUGGAGGAGGAGAACAGCCUGGAGGCGUGGAUGAGGGAGGAGGCGGCGGCGGUGAAGACCAGCUUGACGGACAAGUGGAGGAAGCUGCAGGGGAUGAACCAGGAGCAGGCCAUGGUGAAGUACAUGAGCGUGGUGAAGGAGUGGCAGGGGUACGGCUCCACGCUGUUCAACGUGGAGAGUCGGGACGGAGCCUUCCCUCUCGAGCUGUGGCUGGGCGUCAGCCGGGAGGCCAUAUCGGUGUACAAGCGAGGGGAGGCGUGGCCUCUGGAGGUUUUCCCGUACGAGCAGAUUCUCUCCUUCGGGGCGCCGCUGGCAAACACCUACAAGAUCGCUGUUGAGGGCCGAGAGCUGGUGUUCGAAACGCAAAUGGUCAUGGACAUCGCCAAGCUGAUGAAGGCCUACAUCAGCAUGAUCGUCAAGAAGCGCUACAGCAACUGUCACUCCGUCAGCAGCCACGGCAGCCAGUGCAGCGCCUGGUGAACGCCGCCCUUUGACCUCCGUGGCGCCCUGCGGGGGGGGGGGGCGCGUGGGACUGAGACGCAGCACAGAGCUCCUCGCGACAAUCGGCUCCAAAUGCGCGUUUUCACUUCAAAACAUCGGACGUCAGCGAGGGCUCCGACCGUAAAAUCUACUUCAUACCAACUUGAGAUGUUGCCAUGGCGAUGAGAAGAUGCAGAAGGUCCAGGCUUUGAUGUUCUUUGGUUGCCACGUUUUUCAAAACGUCAUUUUGUAUAUUAAUUUUCAUCAUGAAGGCUUCGAUAUUACAUUUUCAAUAAGAGGAUGACACUUAUAGAAUUAUCAGUCAUCCAGCCAGAGGACAAAUCAUUAAGUAAGUUUCCAAUAUGAAAAUACGUCGACGAGGACAUAAAGGAAGGAAAUCCUUGAAUCAGUCAUUUGAGGACAAAAAAAUUCAGUCUCAAGUUUCUUCGGGCUGAAACAGCAGCUGAAGGUUGAAGCCGACGUCAUCUCCUCAUUUCAGUUCCCUCGUGCAGAAGCCUCUUGUUUUGGAAGGAAAGCGUUACUUCCUGGUGCUGAUGUCACGGCAGGUGAAGCCCCGCCCCCUCUGCUGUGGAACGCUCUGGGACCCGACUUCUUCUGCAGAUGAUCUGCUCUCUGUAAAUAAUAUGUACGAGCAGCGCACGUUGCUGGUUGGUUCCGCUCGUGUGAAACAAGCUGGACUUUAUCUUUUCUCUGAAUUUAAAACCUCUCUGGCGGCAUCAUAUGUCCUCUAACAGUUUUAAUCUCUCUUGUUAGACAAUCAUUGGCAAAAAGAAAUUCUAUUGAAAAUGUCAAUUUCUGAGUCUUUUCCCCAAAGAUGUAUAAUAUCAAACUACAUUUAUCGGUCCUCCGUCACUAAAUAAUGAUGCUCCUCUUUUCUUUGGCACGUGACCGAUAUUCUACGCAAGCACUUAAGAACCCACCAAAGCCCCAAACCUCGGUUUUCCGAUGAAGUUCUUGUGCGUCGAGGCUUCACAGCGUCACGCAGCGGUUGAACAUCUGGAGGACCUUCAUCGUAUUUCAUGCAGCGUGACGUUUCUCUGGAGCUCCGCGGGCGGCAGAUCCUCCAAAGACGCAGGCUUCUUCCACGGUGCCUUCCUGUAUAUUCUGUACUCCAUGUUAUUUUCUCUUUUUUGCUAUAAUGUGCAAUGUUUUAUAUAUAUAUAUAUAUAUUAUAAUCACACGGCUGUACAUUUCAUACUGCGAGUCUUUGCCUUCGUUAUUUCUCCUGAAUGAGGACGAUUUGAUUUCUCUGUGCAGCCGUCCGACUGACGGAAUCAUGUUGGUUUUUUUAUGUGUAUUGAACGGAUGAUUCUAUAAAUAAAUGAUUACGUAUCUGCUCUGAA